GGGGGGGUAGAGGGUGGUGGUGAUGGUGGUGGUGGACGGCGUUUGAGGUCAAUGUUUUGAAAUCGCGCGAACGGAACGGGUUUGACACGAAUGGCGCUCGGUAGUUCCCGGCAGCCUCCGGGGCGGCUCACUGCGGGGAGACGCGAGAGCGGCGGCGAGAGACAGACGGACAGACAGAGGGCGGUAUGGAAAUAGGCACUGAGAUCAGCCGCAAGAUCAGGGCCUACUUUGCCACCUUCCAAACAGGCCAAUAAGAAUCUAAUCCUGAAAGCAAUCACAGAGGCCCAAAAGUCUGUGUGCAACACAACAAACUAUCCACAAGUGUUUGUGAAGCAGACUGUUCCUGUGGCUCCUCGAACCCGUGCACAACAAGACACUGAAGUGAAAGUGAUUGAGGUAGAAGAUAAACCACAGCAGCCUGGCUCACCACUCCAGAUCGAUGUGGAUGAACAGCUUGUACAAAAGCAUUAUUUGAAACCUAUAGAAACCAGAAUAAGUUGUGAUACCAGAUCUUUCAUCCUGAAGAAGUCUGUGCUGGAGGAAGUGGAACCACAGCUCCAAGUGAAAGAGACAAUUUGCCCGGAAGCUGCGUCAGCAGAACAAGCCCGUGUCAUACAAACCAAAGAUCAAAAUGAACCUGAGGAAUCGAGUCCCAAGUUUAUUGUGACACUGGAUGGCAUUCCAAGUCCUCCUGGAUAUGUUUCAGAGCAAGAGGAAGAGACCGAACCUUUGGAACAGGAGGCAGGAAGGGAAUACAGAUUACCAAUACAAACUGUGACUCGACCACUGAAGGAGUUUGAUGAAGAGAUUGAUGAGGACUCUUUUCAACCAAAGCGUCAGAAGGUCGCAGAGCGAUGCAAAUAUUGGCCUGCAUGCAAAAAUGGCGAUGAGUGCAUGUAUCAUCAUCCUAUCGCCUCAUGCAAAACCUUUCCAAACUGCAAGUUUGGGGAUAAAUGCCUCUUUAUCCAUCCCAAUUGCAAGUACGACUCCAAGUGUACGAGACCAGAUUGUCCGUACACCCAUGCAAGCAGACGGAGUCAGCCAUUGCUAAAACAGCCAGCAGCUGUGAUAAGUUCAGGAAGUUCUUUGUGUCGUUUCUUUCCCGAAUGCAAAAAGGUGGAGUGCCCCUUUAUUCAUCCAAAGCCUUGUCGGUUCGGCACCCACUGCAAGAGAGCUGACUGCACAUUCUAUCACCCCGUCGUUACAUUACCUCCACGCCAUGCACUAAAAUGGACAAGGUCUCAGCAGAAUAGUGAAUGAUGUGUUUGGUGCACACACGUCAUUGUGGAAUCGAGAACCGUGCAAAUGUGAAGGCGUAGCAAUUUGCAGAUCCUUAUUUUGUCUUUCAAUAUUGCUAAAGUUUAAUGUUAACAAAACAGAGUUAAUUUUUUCUCAAAUUGACUGAUUAGUUUCCCCAUAACUUAGAGGCUAACAUUGCUCUGGUCCCCUUUGUGAGAGCCAUUUUGUAUUUUGUUUUUGUGCUGUUAUAAAGCAGAUGGUUUUCUACUUGAUGAUAGAAUACCCAUAACUGACAAAUACCAUAAUUUAACAAAGUGCUCCAUUUGUAGAAAUUACUUCUUGAUAAAAAACACAGUAAAACAGUUGAUCAAGAAUAUUUUUAAUGGAUUAGUCUGUUUUAUUGCUUCUUACACCACCACUACAGAGAACUGUACUUGUACUCACACCAUUUUUCCACCAUGUAAUAGUUCUAAAUGGAUUUAAAAUCAUAUUUUUCAGAUGUUA